GCAGAGCCAAGCUGGAAGGUGAGAUCAAAAGCUUUUAUGCAGAGCGAGGCUUCGGCUUCAUCUCAUGCCAGAAAGUCUUCGAGAUGAUGAGGUGUGAUGUCUACUUCACGCUUAAUGAGGUCUUCGACGUAGAAGCUUCCCAGGUGGAAGAGAGGGUGCGCAAAGGGGUCAAGUGCAGCUUCUUCUUCACUCUGAACAAGGACAGCCGUCCACAGGCCCGCGUUGUCCGCCUGCAGCAGGGCGCAGAAGACGACGACAGGUCGUCAAGUCGAAAUCCCAAGUUCGACAAGUCCGAUGCUGAAGACCAGAAGUACAGCGGCCGCAUCAAGUCCUUCAAUGCUUCCAAAGGCUACGGCUUUAUCAGCUGUGAUGAGACGCAUGCGAGAUUCAAUCGUGAUGUCUUUCUGCACCAUUCGCAGCUGAAUGGUCUGAAGGCGGGUGAUGAAGUUCACUUCCGAAUCUUCGUGGACAGGACCAAGGCAGAUGCACAGGCUAAAGCCCUUGACGUGCAGGCAGUGAACGGCUCAUCUCCUGCUACCCCUGCACCUGCCAAUGCCAGCGAGGCCACGGUCAACGAGCCGAAGGUGCCGACAGUGCCGACAGUCUCGAAUGCAGACAAGGUGGAUGGCACGAACCCAAUGGCCAGCCCGACCACGCACACCAUGACAGAGCUCGCAGACAGAUUCGUCAGUGGCGUGACAAAGCCGAUUGAGCCGGUGGCCAAUGUACCCGUUCAGCAAAAAGCACCCAGCCCUUCAGAAACGGGCUGGACACGUUAUGUCACGGAAGAGGCCGAGUACUGGUGGCAUUGCUGCAACACGGAAGAAUGGUUCAUGGAGAAUGAACCAGGACAAUGGGCAGAAUUCGUGGACACGGCGACGAGCAAGAAGUAUUGGUUUCAUCCAGAUGGGAGGUGCUUCUGGUCUGAAGAUUAG